AAAUCCCACGCGUGACGUGAGGAAUCGCCGAUUCUUGAUAAAAUCGCGGCGAAGGAGAGAGAGAGAGAGAGAGAGAGGAAACGAAGGAACCUCGGAGACGAUCGCCAGAGAGAUGGCAAGAGAGUAGCGGAGGAGCGCCAUGGAACGCCAAUUUUAUACCUUUCCACCUUUCCGUUUCUGGAAUUCGCCGUCCGAUCGCCCUCUCGUGGGAGCAAACCACACUUCCGCCCGCUUCUGCUCCCGCUAGCCGCCCUCUGCCGUCGUUGAUUUCUUUUAGGUUAGGGUUCGUGGUACAGUUCUUCUUUUAUUGAAAAAGGUGAGCAUAGAUAGGGAUUCUUUGAUUUGUUUCAUUAUUUUCUGGCUAUGGAGCCGGCGUUAAAGCCGAGCUCGGUGCGCAACCUCCUUCUACGUGCGCUCCUCUUCAUCGUUUCUGUUUUUCUCCUACGGUUCGUGUACGUCAUCACUGUCUAUGGGGGCUCCUGCACCGCAAGCGAUUACUGCCUCUUGUCAUCGCAGGCAGAGCCGCUCGCUGUCGCGGGAAACGCCAGAGGAUCCGCGGCCUCGGUUUCCGUCGUUUCUGCCCAUGUCGGUCUGGGGUCGUCCGCAACCUCAGCCCUCUGGACUAGCCGAGAGUGGCGGAAGGUCGUCGAAUUCUAUUCUGCCAUGCUCCAGGAUCUUGUGGUCGAAGGCUUCCUCUCCCCUGCCUUUAAGUGCUUGUGCGUCGGUAGCCCUUCGGGAUAUGAAGUGCUCGCGCUCAAGGAGAUCGGAGUUCCUGACGCGGUAGGCGUCGCUAGGAAGAGAGCGCCGCCGUUGGUGGUUGCUGGAGGCGAUCCUCUUCGACUUCCAUUCAAAAACGCCACCUUUGACUUUAUUUUGGUGGGGCAAAGCCUGGAUCACAGCAAACAACCGGUGGAUAUUGCGGCCGAGAUCGAAAGGACGCUGAGGCCCCAUGGGUUCCUUGCAGUGCUAACUGCCUCCGCUGCAGAUGCCUAUAGUCUGCAGUCCCUCGCACAACUUUUCCCUGGCUUCAUAAAUGUUCGAGCAAGGGAGAUCAACUAUUCAGAUUCUCCAAUUUCUCUCCGGGAGGUAGUUUUCCGUAAGCAAGAAGGUGCAAACAUUGUUAGUUCAAAGAGUAAUUCUCAUACUGAAUGCCCAAUCCAUGAGAACAAGCUCCAGAUUCUUCAGUCAGCAGAGCCUAUAAUUCAGGAUGAGCCACUGAAGCCAUGGAUCACCCUCAAGCGGAACAUUCAUAAUGUGAAGUAUUUGCCAUCAAUUGCUGAUAUAAGCUUCAAGCAAAGGUAUAUUUAUGUCGAUGUAGGUUCUCGGAGCUAUGGCUCAAGCAUCGGAAGCUGGUUCAGGAAACAAUACCCCAAGCAGAAUCACACUUUCAUGAUUUAUGCAAUUGAAGCCGAUAAAGCAUUUCACAAAGAGUAUGCCACUAAGAAAGGUGUGACCUUGCUACCCUUUGCAGCAUGGAUACGCAAUGAAACUUUAACCUUUGAGAUUAAUAAUGAUCCAAGUAACCAUGAUGUCGAGAAAGGACGAGGAAUGGGCCGUAUCAGGCCUAUCGGGGGCUCUGGUAGUCAUGUUUCUACAGGUUCAGUGAGUGCAAUUCAAGGGUUUGAUUUUGCUGCGUGGCUGAAGAGGACAGUAACUGAGAGGGACUAUGUUGUGAUGAAGAUGGAUGUUGAAGGGACUGAGUUUGAUCUGAUACCGAGGCUGUUUGAGACUGGGAGUAUCUGCCUGAUUGACGAGCUCUUUCUUGAGUGCCACUACAAUAGAUGGCAGAAGUGCUGCCCUGGACAAAGGAGCCCAAAGUACAAAAACACAUAUGGGGAAUGCUUGAAGCUGUUCACUUCACUAAGGAAUAGCGGAGUCCUUGUUCACCAAUGGUGGUAAUCGGGAACAGAUUGUCUCAUGGAAUUUGUGUGGUACACAGCCCAAAACUUGUUAAAUUCAUGCUCAAUUUCUCACUUUACUAGUAAAGGAGUUCCAUUUACAUUUGAUAGAAUACAAAAUAAGAAAUGUGAACAAUCACAGUUACCUAUAUGUCUUUCACAAAUGAGGAAGCUAAUUCUUUUGUGUGGCCA